UGCUCUUCACGUGUGCAAUAACAAUAACUUCUAUUUAUAUAGCAACCUUUAAUUUACAAAACAUUCCAAUGUACUUCACUGAAACGGAAUUUGUCAAAAAAAAACACUGCAUCAGAGAAAGAAGGACAAGUAAUCAAACCCUUGGUCAAAGGCACAGGUUUUGAGGAGCACCUUAAACAAGAAGGUGGAGAGACGGGAUUCCAGAGCUGGGCUCUAGGGCGUAUCCUCAACUGUUGGCCAAAGGAAUCCAUGAUGCACAAGAGGCCAGAAUUAAGAGACACAGAGUUGUCAGAGACGUGUAGGGCUGGAGAGGUUGUUAGAGAGGUAGGGCACAGACCUAUGAACCUUCAAGACUAUGGAAGAAUUUAGAACAUAGAACAGUACAACACAGGACAGGCUCUCUAGCCCACAAUGGCUGUGCCGCCCAUGAUGCCAAUUUUAAACGAUGAACACUAUGAAAAUUUCAAUGAUGCGACACAAGACGGUGAUCCACCAUAAGUCAGUAAGCACACAGGACAAUAGGUGAAAGGGCUGGUGUAAGUUGGUUUAGAAUGGCAGUAUGAGCUCAAGAACAUUGAAAUAAGUAAUCAGCCAGCAUGGUAGUAACUUAUGAGCAAAUCGACUGCAUGUCCUCAUGAGGAUCAACAAAAUUACUAGCGAGUUCUGAGUAACUGGUGCUCAGUGUUGAAACCAUCCCAGGGUUGAAUUGAACUGUAUUUCCUUUUAUUUAAAUUAUUUUGGGACAAUUCUAUGAAUUUUAAUUAAUGUUAGAGACUUAUUUUCAUCUGCUGAUAUAAUGUGUGUUUUGAGUACUUGGUUUUAUUAAGGUUGGAACGGAUGGAAAGAUUUCCAGGAUUAAGGAUUGAAAUGUUGUUGACUAAAUGCCAUAUUCCAAACACUUACCCUAAAGCAAAGCCAAAAGAAGUUAUCUUUCUUGAAAUAAAGCACUGUCAUUUGUUGACAAACUAAAAUGCUGCUAGCAUUAUCUCCUCUGCAGUUGAUGGUAGUCAUUCACAAGUCAGUUUUAAUAAAUAAAUGGAUUGACUGCUGAUUAAUUGAGUUAUAUAGACCAGCAAAUUACAUUUGAUUAAUUGACUGAGCUUGAGAAAAGACAGAUCACCUUAACCCAUUUGAGGGGGAUGCCAAAGGUCCUGCCGAAAAUAAGCAGCGUUCUCCCCAAUAAACUGGUCAAUACUACAACCAAAGUCAGUAAAAAGACUGGCCUAAAAAUUCAAACUAAUUUUUGUGUCCUUUGAGCUUCCUGUCAGUCACAAUGGAUUUUCAGAAGGACAUUUAUUGUCUGAAAAGGGGCCUUAAGGUACAUUUCUAGGCCAUUGCUUUUAAUAGCUAUGUGCAGGACUGUUCAUAUAUUGUGCUUGGACAUUAUGUUCUGAAUCCAUCUCCAUUUGUCAGGUUCCUAAAACCAAGGGUUUUUCCUUGCUGACUCUCAUUAGAACUCUGAUUUGAAGUAAAGUCUAAUAGAAGACUCCUGUUAUUUUCUUUUUGUGGAAUAUAGAAAUAUAGGUAAUGAAAUUAUUGGCAACAACUCAGGUUUAAAAUAUCUUGUACUUUCUGAUGAUGAUUAAUAUUAGAGGAGUGAGAAUUUGACUUUCCAUUUAGCUCUUUCCUUCCAUGUCUUCUGGCACUUACUCAUACUGUGAUGCUCUGUUGACACAAUCCACCCUUUGUUCCCUCAACUAAAUACCAGCUGACAUUUGCCAGAAUGAAUAAGUCAUUUGAGCAAAUCCAUGUACAGCUAAAUUUAAUUUUUCAUUUAAAGUUUAGGUAUCGCAGGCAUGGCAAGAACUUAUUGUCUAGCACUUCUUGCUCUGAGGAAGUAUUUUAGGUUCAAUUAGGUGUCAACUACUGUGGUGUAGUCCAGGAUAGUAAAAAAGGCCAACUUAUGUAAUGUCAGCAAGUGUCCGUCCCUUAAGAACACUGAGUGAACUAGCUGGGUGUUUAAAACAAUUCAGAAGUUCAUGGUGCAACAAACAUUCUGCUGGAGGAACUCAGCGGGUUGGGCAGCAUCUGUUGGGGGAAAAGGGAACUGUCGACAUUUCAGGUCAAAACCCUGCAUCAAUUCCUUUUCUCCCCACAGAUGCUGCUCGACCCACUGAGUUCCUCCAACAGAUCGUUUGUUGCUCUAGAUUCCAGCAUCUGCAGUCUCUUGUGUCUCCAAAAGUUUAUGGUAACUUUUACUAAAUUGGAAUCUUAAAUUGAAUUCCAUUUUCAAAUUAGAAUUCAAACUCAGAACCCCUAAAUUUGGGUUUACUGGUCUGUUUUAUACAUUUUCUCAGUUCAGACAUCAAUUAUAUUUCUAUCCACAGCUGCUGCCUGACCUGCUGAGUAUUUCCAACAUUUUCUGGUUUUAUUUCAGAUUUAUAAUAUCUUCAGUUUUUGUUUUAUUUUUCCAUAUCAGGUCGUGACUGGAUCUAUGAAAAAAUUUUUCUUUUUUUUUGCUGAAACAUUUCUUUUUAACCUCGUCAUUACAAAAGAAGUGAUCUUUUUUAUCUUCCCUGUGCAAAUAUCAAACAGGUGCAGAAUAAAUCUAUCUUUACUGCAUCCAAAGUCAACCUAGAUAAAACUCCCUCCACAUUACCCACAGAGGUUACUUUCCGGUACCACUACCGUGAAAUUUUCCAUUUCCUCCAUCCUUUUGGUCUGUUCAUUGUGCGUGGGUGUGGGUUAUGGGCGAGAAAAGGAUUCAGAGACCCCAAAGCUCUUAAUUACAAGCUGCAGUAUACAAUCUCCUUCUAUGAUGGCCCUUUAUCAACGUAAUUCAGCUCUCAGCUCCUCAAGUUGAAAGGACAGUGUGCUCCUCAUUGUCGCACUCACUGCUUAAAAUGGAAAAUUGGCAAAAAGUAUCUAAAAUUCAACUGAAAACGGCAAUGAGCGGAUCUGAGAUGAGGUGAUGCUGCAACUCAGCUGUGGUCAGUUUCUCGUAAACCAUGUAUGGCUAAAAGCUGUAACACCUGCCUUCUCCAUUGGUUCAUUUCCUCAUCUCAGUAAAACCACAGCUUGCUGUUCACACUUACUUCACAAAGUGAUUAUUUCACUAGAUUAAAAGUAGAGUCAGAGAGAGAUGCAGCACAGAAACAGGCCUUUUGGCCCAUUAUGUUUGCACCAAUUUACACUAAUCACCCGUUUACACUACCCAUUUACACUAAUCCUACAUUAAUCCCUCUUUUUUGGGAGAGCAUCUCAUCAGGCUCUGGGGAUUUAUUCACUUUUGUGCCUGUUAAGACAUCUAAUAUAUCGUCCUUUUUUGAUGUUAACAUCUUUUAGAAUAUCCCCAUUCCCCAUCCUGAUAGCUGCAACUACAAUGUCUUUCCCCUUAGUGAAUACAGAUGAGUAGUAUGCAUUUGAGACCUCACGCAAGUUCUUUGGCUCUGUGUGCAGAUUUCUGGAACUGACAACACCCAACAAACUUGACUGACAUUUUCUAACCUGGAUUUCAAUCCUUUUUCAGUGGUUUAAGGACGUGUACCUUUCUCAGAGCAACCAAGAAUGGGCAAUAACAUCUGGCCAAACCAGCCAUGUCCAUGUAAAAAAUUACUGAAAGAAUGAGUAAUCUAAUUGAUCACAGCAGACAUUAAACUACCUCAAACAACUAUUAUAAACUGCUGGGUCUUAACUGACAAAUGGAUAAAGUGUGCAGGGGUUGGAGAGCCAGAGUGAAUUAUGGUUUAUGAAAUGUUGCAAAGUGUGGAAGUAGUCAGGAUUUCGGGAAGUUCUGUUCUUAGAGCUGUGAGUCUCUGCAAUACAUUGUCAGUAGGAAAGGAACCACUGCUUCUUGAUUGAUCAUGUUCCUUGAUUGAAUCAUGUUGAUACAGUAGUACUCAAAGAUCUUGUUAAGAAUAAUGGCGUCAAUACUGCCAGGUAAGUGUCUUCAUAAGUAACAAAUGGUCCAAGUGAUCUUCUGGACUGAUUUCAAAGACCCAUAAUGGUCAAAAGGGAAAUUUCCAGCUUAAAGGUUUCCAGAUGAAAAAACAAUAAGAUGCUGGAGGAACUCAGCAGGUCAGGCAGCAUCCGUGGUGUAAAGCAGACGGUCAAUGUUUCGGGUCAGGAAGGGUUUCCCUUUAUUCGGCCUUGGAUACUUUAUCUGGUUGUGUUCCCUGCCAUAAGAAAUUCCACAAGUGGACAGAACGUGUCCAGUCAUGAUACUCUAGUCAUCAUGUUGUGUGGAACAAAGCUGGUAGCCUGUGCUACAACUUAUCCGGCGGUGGAAAGAAUAUACUCGCCCACCAAGCGAUGGGUUGUCAACGCCUUGCUGUUACUUCAGGCGCUGUUAUUGCGGUUUGGAAAUAGGUAGUUUUAGAUCAGAUAAUCGCAUUGUUCUUCGACUUUGCAGGGAGACAGGAAACGUAUGCACCCCGCCUCCCUCUGUGUCUGCUGCAGAUAGGAUGUAACCGAUGGUAACUGGGUUACUUGGCGUGGAGGGCUGACUUGCCUACUGCCUUUUGACUGCCCCCCAGGGCUGCUGGACAGCGGUGGCUUGACGACGAGGACAUCAGGCCAGCCCGUGGAGAUGCCGGUGAGAUUCAGCGACCCGAGUGACCUGGUCUCCCCCAAGGCGGUGGCGCGGCUGCUGCAGAUCCUCUUCACCUGCGCGGCGCUGGGUCUGUCCAAGACUGCGGGUGACGGCGCGGCCCAGGGCGGGGGCUUCGCCACCUUCGCCGUGGUCGCCUGGUGCUUCUCCUUCACCUCCACCCUCCUCGUCUUCGUGGUGGAGUUCACGCAGGUGCACAGCCUCUUCCCGCUCACCUGGAAGAACCUGUCGGUGGCCUUCGCCGCGUUCGCCGGUCUCAUGAACCUGGCCGCCUCGGUCACCUACCCGCUGCUGGUGGCGGUGAACGCCGGCGAGAAGCCGCCGCGCUGCGCCCAGCCCAGGGCCUGGAUCCACCCUCCGUGCGCCUACCACGCCGCCGCCACCGUCUGCUCCUCCCUGGCUUUCCUGGCCUACGCGGCUGAGGUGUCGAUGUCCCGCAGCUCCCACCGCAGCACCUACCUAGCGACGGGGCCCGGCCUGCUCAAGGUGCUGCAAGUCUCCGUGGCCUGCGUCCUCUCCGUUCCCUUGGCAACCGGCACCAUCCCCACCUUCCCGGUCUUCUGGUGGACGGUGGCCGCGCUCUGUGCCUGCGCGCUGCUCUCCCUGGUUGCCAUGGUGAUGGUGAUGGAGUGCCGGGCCUGCUGCCCGGUGCCGCUGGAGCGGCUGCUGGCAGCCGCCAGCGCCGUCGGCGCCCUCCUGUACGGCGCCGUGCUGGUGGCCUGGACCCUCGGCCUCAGCCGGCAGGACGAGCCGACGGCGGGAUCCGGCGCGACGGCCUGCCGCUGGAAACUGUGCCUGAUGUCCACCGUGCUGAUCAGCGUCAACUUCCUGGCCUACGUGGCCGAUCUGGUCUACUCGGUUAAACUGAACUGCUCCAGGAACUGAGAGGCUGCCAACACUGCCCGCCGGUGCAGUCCGUGCGGGGAUCUCACGGUGCUCCCUCCAAUGAUGUUACCUGUUUGUGGAUGGUUCGGUGGAUGGUUCCGGAAUGUGGGUGGCGUCGUCUUUGAUCCUUUUAAUGAAAGGUCCUUGGUGCAGGAAUUUUGCCGUCCUCUUCAGACAAGACCAUUGUGCAAAGCUUAUCAUGCAAAGGAUUCAUAGUGGAUUGGCAGGUGAAUGAAUUGCCUGUGUGAAUCUACAGAGGCUGGACUGCACCUUCUAAGCAGCACAAUUAUUUAAGGAAUCCCAGUGAAAACCCUGAACUCUCUUCGGUUUUAAACCCAACUGUUGAAUAUUACCCUUCUGUCGGAAUUUCUUUAAGACGGGAUAAUGUAAAAACGGAUGGUGAUAUUUACGGUAACUUACCAAAAGUGGACAGGGCCAGCGAAGCGCUCAUCAUGGUCAAACUGAAUUCCACCCUCUCUUUCUCCUUGGGGCCACUCUUUAACCCAUGAGUCUGUAAACUCCUCUUUGCUCAUGUUAAUAUGGAAAAGCAUUUUGUGUGAAUAUAUCAUUUUUUACACAAAAUUUGUUGAGUUGAAUCCACGGUCAAUCAGUUCGCUUUUAAUUUCCCUUUUAUCUAUUUUCUCCUAUACACUAUCCACAAUCAGUGCUUGUUUGUAAUAAGAACGGGGAUUUCUGUAACCAGAAGUCACAUUGUGUAAUUUCCCAUAAGGCAAACAUUUCAGUAGCACCGGUACUACCAUUUUACCACCUGUGAAACUGGCCUAAUUCAAACUGGGAUUUCCACCUUCAGAAAAUGAAAUUUCACCCAGCAGCCACCACUGACUCAUGAAAAUAAUUCCCAGAUUUUGUGGCUGUAACAACGGUGAAAGUGCCUGAUUUGUCAGUGAUAAUGUCGUGAAGCUGAGAGCAACUUCUCGUGUGUGCGCAUGUUGAAACUAAAUGCAGAAAAACAUAUUUUGCAGCCUUCUCCUGUGUAAUUUCCAGAAAUAAUGGAUUGAAAAAUAUCUAGAGUUUUUAUGAAAUUCUUUUGAUAAAAAAAAUGUUACUUUUUGUUACUUCGGGUAUGAAUGAGAUUUUAAUGCUGUACCAACCACUGCACCUUCAAAAACAAAUAUUUUAUAUUCUGUAUGUAUAUAGUCAUUCUUGUAUUUUUAAAUUAUUUUU